AUGACUUUGAUUCGACCGUUUCGAUGCGAAGACUUGCUGAAGUUCAACAGAGUAAACUUGGAUCCUCUUACGGAAACGUAUAGCGUCAACUUUUAUAUGCAGUACCUGGCGCACUGGCCUGAAUACUUUCUUGCCGCCGAAGGUCCAAAUCGUGAGCUGAUGGGCUACAUCAUGGGAAAAUCCGAAGGGCGCGACCAAAAUUUCCAUGGCCAUGUAACCGCGCUUUCAGUGUGUCCUGAGUAUCGUCGGCUAGGCAUCGCUGCACAGCUGAUGACGGCGCUGGAAUCCAUUUCGGAAAAGAAAGGCUGUUACUUCGUUGACCUGUACGUCAGGGUCAGCAACAAGGUUGCCGUUGAAAUGUAUCACAAGCUCGGCUAUAUCGUGUACCGUCGAGUGCUGGGUUACUACUCUGGGGACCCGGACGAAGACGCGUUCGACAUGCGUAAAGCUCUUCCGAUGGAUGUCGACAAGAUAUCUGUAAUACCGAGGAAGCAGCCGGUCAGACCAGAAGAUAUCGAGUAA